UUGUCGCUGAACCGAACGAGAAGAAGCUCACUCACAGCGUCUUCUUCAUCGAACCUUCCCCCGUGCGCCUUCCGUCUCCCCUGAUUUAACCUUAGCCUCUGCAACUUUCGCCCCUCGCAACAUCGGCGUUGAGUGACACAGACCUUACGCCAAACACAGCCUUAAGGGAUUGUGCAUUUGUUUUGGGAAGUCGCCGAUCUCCCUGACUGAUGAGUGAGGCCGUUUUCUGUAUUUCGUUGGCCGUUCGUUCUCGGAUUCAUAUCCUCUCCAGCGCGGUGGUGCUGAGGAUCCCAAAAUAAACACAGCUACAUACAAAGCAACUCAACGAAGGAACUGAAUACAAGCAAGAGGUCGAUGAGUUUCGAGCACCCAUUUUUUCCAAGCAAAGACUUCAUGGAGGUGUUGAAUUUCAAACUUGCACUGUAUAAGUCAAGAUAGCGUGACUUUGAAUCACUGUUAUCGGAACAGAGAGUACAGGCAAGAGAGAGAGUUGUUGCUGGUCACUGCCAUUAUGUAAUGCAUCACUUACGGUUAGGAUUGGUGAAGCAUAAGGAACUACAACAGGAAGAGUGAGCAGUAUAAGCAGCAAAUAAAUGUAGGUUUUGAUUUUUGUUGCGAACCAGAACACAGGGGAAACUAAUCUCUAGGAGUAGCAGUGGUUAUGAAUCAUGAUGUUGACAAAGAUGUUGGUGGCAUCACGUUUUUAUGUAGGAUUAGCAGUUUUAGUCACUCUUGUCGCCAUCUUGCUACGGUUCUCCAUGAGGGCACCAAUAGUUCAGUCAAGGCUGUGGACUACUGAAGAGAUAGCUCUGUACAAUGGGACUAACGACAGGUUGCCCAUCGUCUUAGGGAUUUUGGGCUCUGUAUUUGAUGUGAGCAAGGGAAGAUCUCAUUAUGGUCCAGGAGGGGCUUACCACCACUUUGCUGGAAGAGAUGCAUCACGUGCAUUCAUUUCGGGGAACUUCACAGGGGAUGGGCUGACUGACUCACUGCAAGGUUUAUCAAGUGUUGAGGUGAAGGGUGUUGUGGACUGGCGGGAUUUCUACUUCAGAAGCUACACUUUUGUUGGUAAACUAGUGGGCCGUUACUAUGAUAACGAAGGGAGUCCCACGAAAUCAUUGAAGGGAGUGGAAGCCAAAGCUGCUCGAGGAGCUCAGCUUUUGGAGAAGCAAAAGGAGGAAGAAGCUAAACUUCCAAGUUGCAAUUCAAGGUGGAGUCAGCAUGAGGGAGGAGAAGUCUGGUGCACUGCAGGGUAUCCAAGACUAGUUCAGAGACCUCUAGAGAUUGCUUUAACAGGGAAAAUGAGUAAACGUUGUGUGUGCUUCAACGAAGAGGAGCUGGGUAAACCUGAACUGGAAAUCUAUGAGGGUUGUGAUCCUUUAUCUAAGGUUUGUAAAGUGAACUAAAGUCUGUUUUGACUCUUUUGAAGUAUAUGUUGUUUGUAUUCUCCAAAUUAUAAAAGCUAAGAGGAAACAAGAAUGAAGCCAAUUUACAUUCAUCUAGAA